AUGAUACCUCAAAAACAUAAACCCGGAAGUGAUCAAAUGUUGAAGGCAAUGCUCGCAAAUAAAGACCACGCCAAGGGUCUGUAUAUGCCACGCCCUUGUGAGUGGAUCGAUGGUAAACGUGCUGAUAUGAUUUAUGGUCCAGUGACUCCCCCAUCACAUUUGCUACCACCAGUUAUUAUAGAGGUCCAAAACGUUGUCGAUGAGUUGUAUAUGCACCGCAUUCAGAAAUACUGUAACCAUGUUUAUGAAACUUUUGAUAAUAUUAAACCAAUUGCACUGACCAUUUGCCUGAAAUCGAUAAGAGAAGUCUUUACAAAGGAUUAUUAUGAUACUGAAAAAGGUGAAUUUUUCAAACAAUUACCGUCUCAGUAUUGGGCACAGCAACAUCUUUUUUUAACUCCAUCAACCAUUGCAAACCAUCUUCACGAGCCUCUUCCUCCCAUGGUUGCGCUGGACAUCGCGAAACAACCAGUCGAUCAGGAAAUACGUUUACAUGAUGCCACUAUUGACGUUCUCAAGGAUGUUUGCACUCAAAUCAAAACACCAUUCGAAAGAAUAAUUGAAGCUAUGAAUGAAGAUGGCUCGUCGUCGAAACACGCGAUAGACUAUGCUCGUGCAGGUUUGGUGUACAUGGAUACAUGUUUGUACAAGUACCAACAGCAAUCUUCAAGCACUUCAGUAACAGCCCUUCCUCCUCCUCCAGAUCUUCCUGAUGGAGUGACUCCAAAAGCCGGAAACCAAACGGUUGAAGUACUGCAACAAAUCAAGCCACAAGAAAAAAACGUGAUAUGGAUGUAG